GAACAGCACGCAGUCGAACUAAAUCCUAUGAGGGAAUGCAUGUAACCUGAAAGCUAUGCCUUUAUGCAAUUAUUUGUUUCCGAAAUAUGAAAUCUGCUGAAAAUCCUGAAUCAUCAUCCCGUCUACCACCACCAACCAAAUCGGCCUUCGAAGCACCGGCACACAUUAAGGGUAUACUCAAAUCGAAAUCCGGUUGUGUCGGCUUCAUGCCCAUGGACUUGAGUUCCGAACUGAAGAAUCGUCUAAAGAGCUCCACGCAUGCGUCCGUCACGAAUUUACGCAAAUCGGCCACAACACACGAUGCCACUAUAAGGCAAGAUGCCGAAGAGCUCAACACCACUGCAGCUGCGGCGGCGGCGACAGCUGCUGUGCCGCAACACGACGACGCGUUGAGUUUGGUGCGUAAUCUAUCGAAUUUAGGGCGACCACCGACGACGAUUGGCGCUGGCAGCGGAGGUGGUGUAGCAGCGAGCCUGCGAGUUGAUGCAAUCGCUUCGACGUCGGAAGGUGAAAGUUCGGGUGGCCGUGAAAUAUCGGAGAUAAUUAAAAAUAGCGCAGUUGCACGUAGACGUAAAUUGAAUGAUGGCUACCAAGCUAAAGUGAAACCAUCAACCAAAUUUUGGCCGUAUCAGUUUAAGCCACCACAGCCACCACCUCCUCAGCACGAACAAACUUGAACAAUACUUAAAAUGCCAGAAGCAAGCCUAAAGUGGCCACGCAGAGAUGGUCUUUGCGUGUCGUAUUUAAAAAUAAGUUUUCAAAAUCACGCUUAUUACAUAGAAAAACAUAUGUAUGUAUACAAUGCAACAAUGAAAUUUAACAUUAUUAUGAAUCCUUUAUCUAUUAUGUCAUGUGUCACUCAAUUACCGAUUUACAUAAAUUCUGUUUCUAAUUUUAAUUACCAGAAAAGGAAAAUAUUAAUAAAAGUUAACCUUUUUCGGAAAAAAAUUUACAAAAUUGUGUUUUAAUCCUUCUACAUGUGGUGCAUAUCUAAUGUAGUUUUACUGCUUUCCGAAAUGCUGCUCGCUCCUUAUCAUUUCAUCACUAAUUCACUGCCAUUAACUUUAUAAGAAACACACGUUUUAAUUAUAAGCUAUAACGAACAAAACAGCAAAAUUAUUGGCUGAUGUUAACUAGCUGAAUCAAGUCUGUUCACGAAGCAAAUAAUUUGUGAAAAUUGUUACAACAUCAAGUUUUGGUGUUCAUGCAAAUCAAAGCGAAUUUAUGAAGUAAUAAAUCCAUCUUGAUGCAAAUCUUGCAAAGUAGGGGAAAGUGUGAGAGCAAAAUGGAAUUUCAGUUUGAGGGGAGAGUUGCAAAUUUUCGCUCUAAACAUUUUCUCUUGCACAAAUUUGCAAGUGGAGAAAACAGCUGAUCG